AUGGCCGAUGAGGACAGAGAAUCUCCAGUACCCAGUGAGGAAAGCUUUGAGAUUCCAGAUCGAUACAUGUGUGAAGUACUAAAAUGCGAAGAGCAGUUUCGAAACCUUGGCAUCGGUGAAAACCUCCCUAGACAAAUGAUGAAGACUAGACCAGAUGAGGUUCGCAAUACCGCCGGAGGUUUCGUAUUUCCUGUAAGCGAUGAGACGCGUGUCCGACGAUUCAUCAUCCUCGGGACAUCGGGAGGAACAUACUAUAGCACAGAAAAGGAAUUGACCAUGGAUAAUGUGAAGGCAUUAAUUGAUAUCAUCGAGAGAGGUCGCGGCAGUCUUAUCUUAAAGGAAAUUUAUGAAAUUUCGCUAGCUGGACGAAACCCGAAGCAGGACCCUUUGCUGAUGGCCUUGGCACUGUGUGCUAGGUACCAUGUGUGUGACUCGGCUGCAAAGGUUCGAAAGCCCAAAGGUUCUGGGGAUGCUCCAGAGCAGGACCCUACUGUUGUUGCAAAACACAAAUAUCUGAACGAACUUCAUAAAUCUGCUUUUGCUAUCGUUAAUGAUGUGUGUCGCAUCCCCACACAUCUCUUCACAUUUGUAAAGUACUGUGAGAUGAUCUCUCAAUCAACGCAGCCCGAAGAAGGCAAAAAAUCAAGUGGGUGGGGUCGCCUCAUGAGAAGAACCAUUCAGGAUUGGUAUGCACAAAAGUCCCCUCAACAGCUUGCUAUGCACCUUACAAAGUAUCCACAAAGAGGAGGAUGGUCUCAUCGGGAUCUAUUUCGUCUAGCCCAUCCGACUCUCAAAGAGAAGAAUACUGAAGAUUCCAUCCUGGAAUAUGAACAGUUAUACCACUUUGCUGUUAAAGGUGAGCUGAAGACACGAAAACGCAACAUUCCCAAGGAGGAAGCUGAUCUUGCACAACCUGCAACGAAAUACAGCGCUCUUCAAAUGGAUGUUGAGCUAGAGAGCAGAGCACUCAAGUUCGUGGAAACUGUUCUGGCUUUGAAGAACGAAAAGGAUGAAGGGAAAAUAGUUGAAGCCAUUAAAACAUACAAUUUGGUCCGAGAGCACAUUCCCACUGACAUGCUCAACUCUGUUCCUAUAUGGCAAGCUCUUCUCGCAAAAAUGCCGAUGACAGCAAUGAUCAGAAAUCUUGGGAAGAUGCAGUCUAUCGGUGCUCUCACAAACGAACACCGUGAUGCAGUUGUGUCGAAACUUACUAACGAAAGCGAACUGAAGCGUGCGAAGAUCCAUCCUAUUCAGGUGCUUCUUGCAAAGACAGUCUAUCAAGCAGGUCACGGAGACAAGGGCAGUCUGAAGUGGGAAGUUGAUAAGAAGAUUGACACAGCUCUCGAAGAAGCUUUCUACAAGUCCUUCGUCAAUGCCCCACCCACUAAUAAACGAUUUUGUUUUGCAUUCGAUGUUUCAGGUAGUAUGUGUUGUAAUAUUUCUGGCACAAUGCUAUCCUGUCGGACAGCAAGCGCUGCUCUUUCCCUCGUAAGCCUCAAAAACGAAAAAACAGUGGAGUGUGUUGGAUUUUGCGACCAUCUUGUUGAGUUGCCAUUUAAUGGGGACUGGACGAUCUCUAAGAUUGAAAAUUAUGUGGACGGCAUGGAGUUUGGAGCAACUGACUGUGCAUUGCCUAUGUUGUGGGCGUCGGAGAAGAAAAAGGAGUUUGACGUGUUCGUGGUGUACACGGAUUGCGAAACCUUUUUUGGAGAGGUUCAUCCGUACGAAGCACUGCGUCGGUAUCGUGAAACCUCUGGAAUCACAGACGCGAAACUUGUUGUUAUGGGGAUGACAUCUACCGGUUUUACCAUCGCUGACCCUGAAGAUGCUGGCAUGAUCGAUAUUGUAGGAUUUGAUUCUGCUGUUCCAACUCUGCUCGCCGAUUUUGUGAACGGAAAAGUUUGA